UGUGCAUAUGUGUGUAUGUGUGAUGUGUGGGUGAGACAAAGACAAGAGACAAAAGUAAUAAUGUGAGCUCCUUGAGGUCAGGGAUGAGCUUUUUGUUUUUCUUUGCAUCACCAGCACUUAACACAGUCUCUAGCCCUUAAAUGCUUAAUAAAUAUUGAUUGACGAACGGAUCAGAAAGGAUUUUUUAGUUUAUUAUUCAGGGAUAGAGUGGGGGUGGGGAGUGCGGAGGGAUAGGAAUGGAGGCCAGAGGCAUUGUAUUUUGGAGUUCAGCCAUGAAUUAAUUAAACUUGACCUGGAGAGUUGUGCGUUCCCAUUCCAUUUCAUCAUCUCCCAGAGUUUGUAAAAUUAAAUGGGCGCUGGCCAGAGAUCCUCAGAGCCACAGUGCAGAAAUGAUUCCACUCCAGCCCAAAGGCGGGGAGAUUUACGGGGCGCUGCCAUGCUGCCAGCAGGGGGCGUCACAGAGCGCGCCCUUUGCGGAGGCUUUGUUUGAUUCCUGGAUCCAACUUUAAGUCUCGGGUCCCGCACCGAUGCUCAAGGCCGGGCUGACCCGGUGAUAGGGGAAAAGUUUACGAGCUCUAUCCUGGUGUAAUGUUCUACGCCACAUCAGACACUGCCAUUCAAUCAACUAGUCACAAACUGUUUUUCGUUUGUUCCUCCUUCCUUCCCAUCCCCAGGCUCCUGCACGUCCAGGGGAAGCUAGGAUCCGCCUAACGGGGCCUCGGUGCGCAGGGCACGCCGCCAACUCCCUUCUCUAUGGAGACAGGAUGGAGACGGAUGGGCGGGACUUCCGGCACUACCGGAAGUGUGAGGCAGCUAGGGGUUGGACCGAAGGGGAGUGAUCGUCCCGUGUCUGUCUACUUCAAUCACCGGGUUAGGUUCCGUGGCUUCGCCGCUUUUUCGCCGCCUCUAGUUCUUGCUAGGUCGGCUCACGUGUGGUGCGGUCGCUGAGAGUAGCGGGGGCUGGUGGCGAAGGAGCCCGUGGCUGGCUGUGAGCGGGUAGCGGCGGCGGCGACAGCAAAAGCGGCGCGAGGCCCCUAGGCGGCUCUGACAGCACAUUGCAGGAGAAACAGGACAUUAUUUUCUAGAAGUAAUGCCCACAGAAAGCGGAAGUUGUGCAACUGCUCGCCAGGCAAAGCAGAAACGCAAGUCACAUAGCCUUUCCAUAAGAAGAACCAACAGUUCAGAACAAGAAAGGACGGGACUUCCAAGAGAAAUGUUGGAAGGACAAGAUUCUAAACUCCCCUCUUCAGUUCGGAACACACUUCUGGAGCUUUUUGGUCAAAUAGAAAGAGAGUUUGAAAAUCUUUAUAUUGAAAAUUUGGAAUUGCGUAGAGAAAUUGAUACCCUCAAUGAGCGUCUUGCUGCUGAAGGACAAACAAUUGAUGGGGCAGAACUGAGUAAGGGUCAGCUGAAAACAAAAGCCAGUCAUAGUACCAGUCAGCUUUCUCAGAAAUUAAAGACCACUUACAAAGCUUCUACUAGUAAGAUUGUUUCCAGUUUUAAAACUACAACAUCAAGGGCAAUUUGCCAACUAGUGAAGGAAUAUGUUGGCCACAGGGAUGGAAUCUGGGAUGUGAGUGUUACAAGGACACAGCCGGUGGUGUUGGGGACCGCUUCUGCUGAUCACACAGCUUUGUUAUGGAGCAUAGAAACUGGGAAGUGCCUUGUCAAGUAUGCUGGUCAUGUUGGGUCAGUAAAUUCCAUAAAAUUUCAUCCUUCUGAGCAAGUAGCUCUUACUGCAUCUGGAGACCAAACAGCUCAUAUCUGGAGAUUUAUGGUACAGCUACCUACACCUCAACCUAUUACAGAUACUAGUCAACAAAUGUCUGGAGAAGAUGAAGUGGAAUUUUCAGAUAAAGAUGAUGCAGAUGGAGAUGGAGAGGGUUCCAGUGAUUGCCCUACCAUUAGGGUUCCCCUAACGUCACUUAAAAGUCAUCAAGGAGUGGUGAUAGCAGCUGAUUGGUUGGUUGGAGGAAAGCAAGCAGUAACAGCUUCAUGGGAUAGAACAGCCAACCUGUAUGACGUUGAGACAUCUGAACUUGUUCAUUCUUUAACAGGGCAUGAUCAAGAGUUAACACAUUGUUGUACACAUCCUACCCAGCGUCUUGUAGUGACAUCAUCUCGUGAUACAACUUUUCGCCUUUGGGAUUUCAGAGAUCCUUCAAUCCAUUCUGUGAAUGUCUUUCAAGGUCAUACAGACACUGUGACCUCUGCUGUCUUUACUGUGGGGGACAAUGUUGUUUCAGGCAGUGAUGAUCGCACUGUAAAAGUAUGGGAUUUAAAAAAUAUGAGAUCCCCAAUUGCAACUAUUCGAACAGACUCUGCUAUAAACAGGAUUAAUGUAUGUGUUGGUCAAAGAAUCAUUGCCCUUCCACAUGACAACCGACAAGUUAGAUUAUUUGAUAUGUCAGGAGUACGAUUAGCAAGGCUCCCUCGAAGCAACAGACAGGGUCACAGAAGAAUGGUGUGCUGCUCAGCUUGGAGUGAAGAUCAUCCAAUAUGCAAUCUGUUUACUUGUGGGUUUGAUCGCCAGGCCAUUGGCUGGAACAUCAACAUCCCUGCUUUGCUGCAAGAAAAAUAAGAUUUGUUGAUUCUCCACAAUUUUUUUUUGCCAUAGACUUUUAACUCAUGCAGAUAUUUCUGCAUAUUGGUCUGCCAUUAUUGUGAGAAUUUAACCCUAAAAAAGGGUCUUUGUAAAUGUUGUUUCCACAUUGUGCCCAAUUUGCAUGAAAUGAACCGAAAAUGUGUGAUCAUUUUUUCUUUCCCUGAUUAAGACCUUGUAUAUGACCUUUUACAUACUGGCAUCCUUUGAUUAUUAGAAAUGAAGUUCACUUGCCAUUGAGCACAUAAAAUGCUCAUGAAUUAUUCCACAUUUGAUGCAUAAACAGUAGGGCAUUACAUUUCUGUGAAUUCAGUGUCAAUGUGAAAUCCAAAUACUCAUUGUGAUAUAGAUAGCAGUCUCUUGCAUUUUACAGAAAAAUCAUAAAUACCUACCAUGUUUUGAAAAGAUUGAAGGCCUGAAUUUGAGUUGGUGUGAAUUUCACUGGUAGUCACACAUUUCAUGUUUACUUCUUUCAUGAAGUUUUGACAUGUAGUGCUUCAGUGUAAUACAAUUUCAAUGCUAAUUUUGAGUAUAAUUCUCUAAGAAUAGCAUGGAUUUGAGAAGUAAAAGUUUAGCAGCUUCUAGUAUGUCUAGAAUGUUGACCCACAACAUUCAGAGGAAGUUUCUUUUUAAAAAGAAGUGUUUUCUGUCCUGUUAAUAUUAAAUCAUUUCAAUUUCAUAAGGUCUUGCACUAGCAAAUUCCAAAAUAAGAAUUCUAAUCACUGAAAUAUGUUGAAGCAAAAUUUAAAGCACUUUAGUUUAUAGCUAUGGUUAUAAACAAUUUAUAGAAGUUUCAGAUGACUCAUCCAAUGACUGUGACUUGACCUUUGUGAGAAGGAUUUCCUACUUUUAGGUGACCUACCUGAAAACAAAAUCUUUUUUAUGUUCUACACCUUCAGUUUGCAUCUUUAUAAAUAGGUCCACUUCCCUGGUGGCAUUUGAGAGCCAGCAUUGCGACUACAUGAGUACUACCUCACAAAUGAAUGUUAUGAACUUUGAAUCUCACUGUGGCCUAGUUAAAGCACUUUUGGUUUAUAGCUGGAAUAUUGAAUUAAAAAAUCAUAAGGGAAGAAGACAAUCACACCAAAAAAUUGAGUACAAACAAUUUGCUAUUGGUUUGAUAAGGUUAUGACGCAAGAAAUAUUUGUAUGUUUGGAAGAUUCUUUUAUUUUCUCAUAUGCGUAGCUGGGACUAGCGCUAUUGCAAUACCUUACCAUAUUGUAGAAUGAAUGAUCCUUUUAUGCUCUUGACUUCUCUGAGAUCAGAAUGUCGUACUAAAAUUUGUAAGUAUUAUUUUUUAUUGACUUUCAGUCUUGCUUAAAAGACAUCUUAGUGCACUGCCCCUCACAUUUGGAUGGCCAUUUUUCUUUUUAUUCAUGGUUUUCUCCCUUACUUUUAGAUGAUGUGGGAGGAUGAUAUACAGCUAAUUGGAAAUAGGAAGCUAUUUGGAAGAGUUUAUUAUGAGUGAAAAGAAAUAGAACAGAAGCUGAGUUUACAGAGUUAGAUCCUUAGGGAACUCCUAAAAAGAAUGAGUUAAAAGUUAAAGUGACAAAAGAAUAAUAUUGUAUAGAGCUGGAAAUUUUUGAUGAAGUGAUAAGAAAUAAACAUAUUACAGUAAAUUUUUCUUUGAAACUCAGAAGGCUUGAUGUAUUUUCAAAUUUGGUAUUUUUUAUUAGCUCAAAUACAGUAUGGGAAAUCUAGAGUUAGUUGCCACUAUAGUAAAUAAAAGCGUUCCAGGUUUUAGUUACUGCUUUCUGAAUAUUUUGCUAUAAUGCCUUGAUUCUAUUGAGGUAUUUGCUAUGAGUUAUUUUUACCCUGUCAUGCUUUAACUUUUGGAAAAGUGAUAUUCAGAAUAUAAUUUCCUGUCCCCUUUAUUGUAUAUUCAGAGGCCUGAGUAUUAACUUGCUCUUGAAUGCUAGAUUACAGAGAUAGUUAUUAACUUGAUUUCUUUUAAUUUGGAAAUUCAGAUAAUUUGAAAUCAUUGCUGGAAAUAUAAAUAUGCAUUUUUACAUAUGCAUAUAUAUUAUACAUUUACAUACAUCCACACACCCACAAAUAAUUGAUUCAACCUUUUAAAACCAAGUUCUAGCCUGUUUUUGCUUAAUGUUUUUGAAGCCUUUAGAAUAUGACUUGAAGGUCAUUCAGAUCUAUGCAGACUAGUAUAUACAUCACUGCCAGUGGCUGCUUACUUUUAUCACAAACUAGAGGGACCAACCUCUUGACACCAGAAAUGAGUGUACACACUCAUUUUCAGUGGGAGUAAAGUAAUUCCCAAGGUGCUAGAGCUGAGUUCUCAGCAGCAGGCUAAUAUUACUCCAUUAAUUACUAUAUCAUCUUUUAACUUGAUUUUACAUACUAUCUAUUUGUGACCAUAAAUGUUAUUUCCAGCAAGUCAGGUAGGCAAUUGGUGAUAGUGAAUUUUUGGUGGUUUGAAAUGAAGUCAUGUUUCUAGACACUCAUAGUACCAUUUAACUAGUGUUUGAAGAGGGAACCAUUUCAUGCUGAAUGCAGACAUGUCCAGAAUUUCAUUUAAUAAUGGAGGAAAGUGUGUUAAAGAUUUAAGGAUUAAGUGUGCAGAAUUUCACAGGAGAUCCAUUGUUGUGCAAGACAGUGGUCUUAUGUGGCUUUCUUUUUCUCUACCAGUGCACAUCCCUUUUUUACAGAUUCAAAAAUCUGUACAUAUUUUGGAAUCUGAUGUAAAACAUUUGCUGCCUAAAAUCUGUGAAUACAAAUUUCUUUUGGAAGAAAUAUGUAUUUGUAAGUGUUGUAUGGAUCUACUUGUUUUUUUAUUUACUUUUACUGUGCUGAUUGUUUUUUUAAGUGUUUAGUGUCUUCAUUGAAAUUUGAAAUUCAUUAAAACAUCCAUGUUCUGUGA